CAAAGACAUUUUACUCUGAACUGUGUCAACACAACUGUUAGGCAAUAAAAUCUUCAAAUAUUUACCGACGCCUCGUAAUACUAAAUCCAAAAGGAAACUAUACGGAUACGCGAAGGUGUGUCUCCUUUCGCAACCGGAAGCGCUGCGGUGUGUGAGUGUGUGUUAACACGUCGUCAGUCCAGAGGAACUCAUGAAUGAAGCAGGCCGAGAAGUUUUCGCUCAGAAACACUCGGGAUUUGUCCGGAUCCUGGAUGUGGAUGGUUUAAUUCCUGUCCGAAGGCUUCAUCGAUACAUGUUCGGCGCGGGAGCCCGUCUGGAGAAGUCUGAGCGGCUGUUUUAGGGAGUUUUGAAGCGCUGGUGGAAAAUGCCUCUGUUUCCAAGGAGUUUGUGUUGGUGUGCGGCGCUGUGCGUUCUGCCGUCUGUGUUUGCCGACGCUGAAGACGCUUCGCUGCUGGGCGGCUGGCAGGAUGUGUGGCUCUUCCGCUUGUUCCUCAAUGUUUUGGGCUACGCCACCAUCAUCAUCCCUGGAUAUUUCCUUAUCAGCUACUUCAAACGAAUCAACUAUCUAGAAACAGGUCGUGGGCUUUGUUUUCCUGUCAUAAAGACGUGUGUGUUUGGGAAUGAAUCUAAGACUGGACUGCUGGAUGAUGAUUCACUGGCGGCCAGAAACGAGUCUGAAUCCAGUUCAUCUGCUCCACAGGCCAUCAAACUCUUCUUCUGUGCUGCUGGACUCCAGGCGUCGUACCUGACGUGGGGUGUUCUUCAGGAGCGGGUGAUGACGCGCUCGUACGGUGCGACCGAGGUGGAAGGCAGCGGCGAGCGCUUCAGAGACUCUCAGUUUCUGGUGUUCAUGAACCGCAUCCUGGCGCUGACGGUGUCCGGUCUGUGGUGUGUCCUGUUCAAACAGCCCCGUCACGGUGCGCCCAUGUACAAAUACUCCUUCGCUUCACUGUCCAACAUCCUCAGCAGCUGGUGCCAGUAUGAAGCGCUCAAAUACAUCAGCUUUCCCACACAGGUACAGCACUGCAUUCUGGGUUACUUCACCUCCAACUGGCAGGACAACCUGUUCAAGUACAAGAUGUCGUCGGUGCAGAUGAUGUUCGGCGUCAAUCUCUUCUCGUGUCUCUUCACGGUGGGCUCUCUGCUGGAGCAGGGUGCCUUCUUCAACUCGCUGGCCUUCAUGAUGCGUCACUCCGAGUUCACGAUGCACGCCGUGCUGCUGUCGGUUUGCUCCGCCUUCGGGCAGCUCUUCAUCUUCUACACCAUCUCGCAGUUCGGUGCGGCCGUCUUCACCAUCAUCAUGACUCUGCGGCAGGCCAUCGCCAUCCUCCUGUCUUGCUUCCUCUACGGUCACGCCGUCACCCUGGUGGGCGGCUUGGGCGUAGCCGUGGUCUUCCUCGCCCUCUUCCUGCGCAUCUACGCCCGCAGCCGCGUGAAGAAGAGCAGCAAGCGGGCCGCGCAGACGCCCGUUCAGAAGGUUUAAUCGAGCGCUCGUUCGGAUGUGUACAGAAGCCACAUUUUCGUGGCUUGUUCGUCUUUUUUUUUUGUUUGCUGCAAAACUGUGGGUUUGUAUUCCGUAAGGUCGGACGGUACAGAAAGGGAUUAUUCUUUAUCUUAAUGGAUUAGUUCACGCAAAAAUAAAAAUUCUGUCAUUAAUUACUCACCCUCAUGUCAUU